UGGCGCUGGUGGAAACAUCUCGCGCUCGUGGGUUUAGCAGUGGAAGGAAAGUCACGGUGCUGGACUAUGAUUCUUAAGGAUCAGUAUGGUGGUACUUGGUGGCCACGGCAACCCUGGAAUUUCCUCUUCCUGUCCGUCACGCUUGUGGUUCUUCAGGUGGAUGUUGGUUCCUCGAAAAACCCGCACUACUCCUGGAAAACGGGUCCGUGGGGUCGGUGUAAAGGGGAUGAAUGCGGGUCCAGCGGUGUCCAGUCACGCAGUGUGUGGUGUGUCCACUCAGACGGCUGGAACACACACCACGCCAACUGCCUGCACUUCAUCAGACCUGAAACCCAGAGACCCUGCUUCAAAGUGUGUGAGUGGCACCAGGACCUGUUCGAGUGGGACGUCUCGGAGUGGAGCUCCUGCUCCCUCACCAUCACCUCCAACGAACUCAGGACACGAACCCUGGCACCCGAGUGCAUCACGGCCCAGCACGGCGUUCAGAGACGUUCGGUCCGGUGUGUCCGGGUGUUAAACGGGACGGCCGUAUCCGAACGGAUAUGCGAGUUCUUCUCGCCCCGCCCGGCGCUGGAGCAGGCCUGUCUGAUCCCCUGCCCUCUGGACUGCGUGGUGUCUGAUUUCUCGCCGUGGUCACGCUGCAGUAGGACUUGUGGUGUUGGAUUAAAGCACCGGACACGCCACGUUCUCGCUGCGCCCGCGUACGGAGGAGCCGACUGUCCGGGUCUGAGCGAAACGCAGCCGUGUGAACACUCGUUGUCUUGUCCACUGGGUGAGAACGGGCACCAGUACAGCCUGAAGGUGGGAGACUGGAGCAGGUGUCGACUUCCACUGGAAAAAGAAGCGUGGAUGAAUGAAAAGAUGAUGCUGGAUUUUAACUUCCAGGAAAGAAACGUAGUGAAACGGGACGUUCAGAGUGGACAACAUCAACACCACCAAGAACAUCAGCAACUACACGAACACCAGGAAGCCUUCAAAAUACUGAAUGUUAAAAUUGGUUACCAAACGCGCCAGGUUCACUGCAUGGCCAGUGAUGGCAGGAACGUCAUACUGAGUCUUUGCGGACAGGGCGACUCUCCACCCACCUCCCGUUCCUGUGUGAUGCCCAAAGACUGUCAGACUUCUGACUGGUCCUCAUGGAGUCCAUGCUCAAAGACCUGCCAGUCAUCAGACCUAUCGCCUGGUUACCGUUUUAGGAGUCGAACUAUAAUUCUGCCGGCCGUUGGUGAAGGAACAGAAUGCCCCGCCCUAGAGGAGAAGGAGGCCUGCAACAUUAUUGGGGAUUUGCUUUCGAAGUGUCCCAGGUACGAGUGGAGGACCACAGACUGGAGUGAGUGUCGGGUCACUCCCCUCUUUAGUCCUCAUGAACGGAGGAGGGUGAAUAUCAGCUCUCUGUGUGGAGGAGGAAUACAAACCAGAGGAACGUACUGCAUUCAGGUUCAUCGUCACGGUUCAUCCCAAAACGGACAAGAUGUCUCUCGGCCCGUGAGUUCAGGACUGUGUGAUGAUGGGGACGUCCCUCCCUCAGUUAGGCCCUGUUUUCUUCCCUGCUCUGGUUCCUGUCUGCUCUCCACCUGGUCCUCAUGGGGUCCCUGUCUGCCUGAAGACUGCACAGACCCCCAGCAAAGAAAAGGCUACAGGGAGAGGAGGAGGAACGUCUUAGAAGAAGGAUCUGGAAGCUGGAGAUAUUGUGAGCACCUGGUGGAGUUUAUGUCCUGUGAAGAUCCAGUGUGUUUUACGUGGUGGAUUCAGGAUGAAGGAGUCUGUGUGCCCAGGGAAGGAACUUGUGGACCUGGAUCAAGAACUCAGACUGUAGCCUGCAUCAACUCUAAAGGUGAGCGUGUGGACUCGGAGCUUUGUGAGGAAAGUCCACCGUCUGUGCAGGAAACCUGUGAGGUCUUCUGUCCUGGUGACUGUGUGAUUAGCUCCUGGUCCGACUGGUCUUCAUGUCCUCAAUCCUGCACCAAGAAGAACACUGAGAGUCGGCAGAGUCGCUCACGCACCGUACUGGCUUUACCAGGGGAAGGUGGUAAACCCUGCCCCUCUGCCCCGGCUCUGGAGGAGUGGAGAUCCUGCACCCAUAACCCGUGUGUUGUGUAUUUUUGGGAAGCGUCUCCAUGGGGCCCAUGUGUCUCCGACUCGUCCGUGUUUCUGAACAGAAGUGACCACAGUAACGAGACGUCGGACUGUGCUGCUGGGCUUCGGACUCGUAAAAUCACCUGCAUGAGGAUCAGCGGAGGAUCCGUCUCUGAAAAAUGGUGUCCAGAAUGGAGCAGGCUGGACUCAGUGCAGCAGUGUUCGUUACCCUGUAGGCGAGACUGUGUGGUGACUCUGUUCAGCGAGUGGACGACCUGCCCUACUGCGUGCCUACCAGCCAACACGACCACACCCACACAGUCCCGUUACAGAACCAUCGUCCAGCGCUCAACUAACCGCGGUCAGGAGUGUCCAGAUACGCUGUUCGAGGAGAGAGAGUGUGAAGCACUUCCUGUCUGUACUGUUUACAGAUGGAAAACGCACCGCUGGCAGGGGUGUACGCUGGGACCAAAUGCAGUUCAGCAGGGAUCGAUGGAAACGGGGGAGUCCUGCGGAAAAGGCCUAGAGAAGAGAGCCCUGAGCUGUGUAAACGAGAACGACGAGCUGGUGGUCGUGUCCGAGUGUAUUCAGUGGACCGGUCCGAUGCCGCCUCAGGUUCAGAGCUGCUGGGUUCCGUGUAAAGACGACUGCACCUUCAGCACCUGGUCCAAAUUUACAGAGUGUUCGGGAUGUGGGAGCACUCGCACCCACCGGAGAAGUCUUACAGGGCGGAGCAGGAAGUGGGAGCGGUGUUUAAAGGAAGAAGUGUAUCCGUUGGUGGAGUCGGAGCCGUGUGUGUGUGAUGAGCUUAUAUCAGAGCCGAGGGGAAACUGGUCAGUUUGUAUAUUACCUGAUACUCCACCUCCUCUCUCACCGCACGGGUGGAGGGGUGAGAAGAAAACUCGGGACUGUGGGGAAGGAAAACGCUACCGUGCAGUAGCCUGUCUCGACCAGAGGGGGCGUCUCAUCGACCCGAGAGACUGCUCUGAAUCAGAGCUUCAGGAGGAACUUUGCUCGGUACCGUGUCCUCUGGACUGUCGUCUCAGCUCCUGGUCAUCUUGGUCUCCCUGCAGCUCGUCCUGUGGUAGUGGAUUAAAGGUGCGAUCCAAGUGGCUGAAGGAGAAACCGUUUAACGGAGGGCGGCCCUGUCCCAAACUCGACCUGAAGAAUCAGGCUCAGGUGUCUGAGGCUGUACCGUGUCGCGGUGUGUGUGGUGUGUAUCAGUGGGUAGCAGAGUCCUGGUCCUUCUGCUCCAUCAACACUGUGGACAAACAGACUGCCUGUGGAGAGGGAGUACAGAGCCGCAAGAUCCGGUGUGUAUUACGUGGUGAUGGUAUGAAUGAGGCUCGCACUGUUAACGACUCGCUGUGUGAUCAGGACGAGGUCCCCUCCCAGGCUCGUACCUGCGUGCUGCCGUGUCCUGAAGACUGUGUGAUGUCACCUUGGAGUCACUGGAUUUCCUGUCCCGAGUCGUGUGACGGAGACUCGGUGAGGACGAGAACCAGGCAGAUGCUCCGACCCUCUGCAGUCCAUGUCACCUGUCCAGAAAGAAAUGAGACGGAACCGUGCGUCAUUAACACCAACUGUUUCACCUACCACUACAACAUCUCCGGUUGGAGUAGUUGCAUGCUGAGUGAGGCUGCAGUGUGUGGUAAUGGAACGAGGACUCGACUGGUGGACUGUGUUCGCAGUGACGGCAAACUGGUGGAAUUGAGUGUCUGUGAGAAGCUGGGACUUUCUCAGCCGUGGAAUCUCAGUAAAAUCUGCCACGUUAACUGUCCAGUCAGCUGCAUCCUGUCAGAAUGGACAGCAUGGACAGAGUGCUCACAUAGCUGCGGUAAUCAGGGUGUGAUGACACGAUCGCGACGUGUGCUCCAGGAAGCUGGUGAAGAAGGCCGUCCGUGCCCGUCCCAGCUCUCACAAACCAAGCCGUGUCCCAUCAGGCCUUGCUACAGCUGGCUGCUGGGAGAGUGGACCCCCUGCUAUGUGGAGGGUGCUGAAUGUGGGGACGGUUUGAGACAGAGGAACUUAUCCUGUGUGGUACAUUGGGGUCACUGGCCUGAGUCGUCUGGACCGAAUCCCAUCAGCCCUGGUCCUGUUAUAGCGGUGGAGGAGGAGAAAUGUACCAACGGAUUUAGUUCUGAGAAGGAUCAAGAACUACAGCAGCCAUGUUUCAUCCCCUGUCCAGGUGACUGCCACCUGACUGAAUGGUCAUCAUGGAGCUUGUGCCAGUUAACAUGUGUGGAGGGGCGGAGUUUCGAAGUGGAAGGUCACCAGGCACGCUCACGAGCUGUUAUCAUCCAGACCCUGGAGAACCAGGAAAGUUGCCCGAACCAGGAAAUCGAAACUCGGCUGUGUAAAGGAGGAAAAUGCCACAGUUAUGAGUGGAAGACGAGUACAUGGAGCAACAAUGAGAGGGAGGUGUGGUGUCAACGAUCAGACGGAGUCAACGUCACAGGUGGAUGUUUCGUAGUGAACAAGCCCAGCACUGUACGGCACUGCCACCCGCCCUGUACCAAACCCUUCUCCCACUGCAAACAGAGUGGAGUGUGUGGGUGUGAGAAGGGUUACACGGAGGUCAUGAACACACAUGGAUUUUUGGAUUACUGCACCAGGAAUCCAGGGGGCGCAGGAGACACCAGGAAAGCAGACGUGAAGAGCAGCUCAGGAAGGGUAAAGCCCGGCCCAUCCCAAAUCCACGACUUCUUCGGAGAGUGGUCACUACAGGUCAUCAGUCCAGACGGGCGAAUAAAAAUGUGGGUCUACGGUGCAACAGCUGGAGGCUUCAUUCUGCUCCUAUUCAUCAUCGCUGUGUCCUUUCUCUUCUGCAGACCGGUUGAACAAAGUAAAAACUCUCCACCACUUCAGAAAGCCCUGUCACUGGCCUACGACGGAGAUGUGGACAUGUGAAGGACCAUUUAAUUCACCACACUGGAUUACAGAGAGCUUCACCAACCACGAUUUGGUAAUUUGGCAAUUUUGGUAAUCUACCAAAUAAGACGUCUGGAGCUCAGCGUGAUUUCAGCAAAGGAUAACAAACAUCUGAGGGAAUAUUUCAACAACGGAGACAUUUGUUUUCAGUGGAUGACCAGGAUAAGAGCUAGGGGGGGAGAUCACAUCAUGAGACAAUGAAAGAUGUUAUACAAUCUGAACCUGGAAACUGGACCAGGGUUCUUGGAGACCCUUUCUUGGUAAUGGUUUUUUAUCAGGUCUGGGGAAAAAAUAGAAGAAAACAAAACAAACCAAA